AUGGGCUAUUCUCUGAGAGCCUUUUUGGCUCUGGCAGCGGUGGUUGCCGUUACAGACUCGUCUGUCAACGGACUGCCUUCCACCAACUAUGUUCUGCACGAGACCAGGAAUCCCACUGGGACAGGCCAGUUCAACAGCCAUCAUCAAUGGAAGCGUGGAAGCCGCCUCGAUCCCAACGCUAUUGUCCCGCUUCGGAUUGGUCUAGUUCAAAGCAAUAUCGAUCAGGGCUACGAGAAGCUGAUGCAAGUCUCCGACCCGUCCUCGGAAAGCUUUGGCAACCAUCUCAGCGAGGCCGAAGUUCACGACUUGUUCGCCCCAGCAGACGAAACCUUCGAUGCCGUUCAUUCGUGGUUGGUCGAAGCCGGAGUCAACGCGUCGGACAUUCGCCAAUACGCCAACAAAGGAUGGCUCGCUAUCGACCUGCCUGUAUCCUACGUCGAAGAUUUGUUCUUGGCGCAGUAUCAUGAGCAUGAGAGGGAAGGCGUGGUUAAGAUUGGCUGUGACCAGUACCACGUCCCCAAGCAUCUCGCACAGCACAUUGACUACAUCGUGCCCGGUGUCAAGCUGUCGCCACCCAUGAUCAAACGAUCCAUUGAGAAACGAGACGAGACCAGCGUCAGCAACCAUAGAAAGGGCUGGAAGCCGAAGCAGAUGCCGCCUGCGCUCUUGGCCCUGGAAAAGGCUCUUGCGCCUAGCUCCAAGCUGCCCGCUGAUCUGCAAGAUUGCGCUCGUAACUUCACCGCUAUUUGUUACCGUGCGCUGUACCAGAUCCCCGAGGUCAACCUUCCUGUGCCUGGAAAUGAGCCUGCGGUUUUUGAGUCUGGCGAUACAUUUUCCCAACAAGACAUCGACUCAUAUUUCCAGAAAUAUGCCUCUUACAUUCCCAAGGGCACGCAUCCCAAGGUUUUGUCAGUCGACGGUGGCAAUGCUCCGGUGGCCGCAAACUCCCCAUUCAACACUGGUGAAUCAGACAUCGACAUUGAUAUCAUUCAGACGUUGAUCUGGCCCCAGUCGAUGGUUCUGUACCAAGUAGAUGAUCGACUGUACACCACCGCAAACAACAUGUCUGGCUUUUUGAACACCUUUUUGGAUGCUUUGGAUGGAUCUUACUGCCACUAUUCAGCGUACGGCAUAUCGGGAGACAGCCCCGGAGUUGAUCCUGCAUACCCAGACAACAGACCCGGCGGCUACACUGGCCAAAAGCUGUGUGGUGCUUACAAGCCAAACAAGGUCAUUUCCAUCUCAUAUGGCGAGGGAGAGAUUGAUGUGCCCAAGAACUACUUCCUUCGACAAUGCAACGAGUGGCUCAAGCUGGGUUUGCAAGGAACUACUGUUCUCGUGUCGUCUGGCGAUUACGGCGCUGCGAUGCCGCCGCAUGAGGAUUCAGCCAGCGGCUGCUUGUCCGGGUCAGGCCAGAACCAGACAAUCUAUAAUCCGGGCAAUCCUGUCUCGUGCCCGUAUCUCACCGCUGUCGGCGCCACUCAGCUUGAGCCUGGAACAACAGUGUUGGAUGCCGAGGGCGCUAUGCAGACCAACCUUGGCCCAGGAGCCGAACUCUUUGCUUCCGGAGGUGGAUUCUCCAACUACUUCCCUAUUCCAAGCUACCAGAAGACAGCAGUGAGCAGCUACUUUGCCAAGCACGAUCCAGGCCAUCCUUACUACAUUGCGAAUAGCGAUGCCAGCAACAUUGGCGAGAACGGAGGAAUCUACAACCGUGCCGGCAGAGGUAUUCCCGAUAUUUCAGCCAACGGAGCCAAUUUCCGAGCAUUCAAUAACCAGAGUGACGGCCAUUGGUUCGGCACAAGCUUGGCUGCACCUCUUUGGGCCUCUGUCAUUACCUUGAUAAACCAGGAGCGUGCCCUGAUUGGUAAAAAGUCUGUUGGAUUCAUUAACCCGGUAUUAUACUCACAUGCCAGUGCCCUUACCGAUAUUAAGCAGGGAUCAAAUCCCAAUUGUGGUACAAGCGGCUUUACUGCCGUGGAGGGCUGGGACCCAGUAACCGGGCUGGGCACUCCCAAGUAUCCGGAUUUGCUGAAGAUUUGGCUGGAGCUUCCAUAA